GAAAAACACACUAUGUGGUGUAAAUGCAGCAAAUCCUUUUUCUGAUGCUGUUGUUCUUCUCUCUCUUUCUCUCUCUUCCCAGGAAAGAUUGAAGGUCAGUCUGAGCAGUAUUUUGGUGCAAUCACAAAGACAGAGCAAUGGCAAACAGAGUACCUGAGCCUAACCCUGUGGUCUUGCAAAGUGACCAAUUGUAUCAGUAUAUACUGGAGACUAGUGUCUACCCACGAGAGUCAGAGCAUCUCAAGCAGAUCAGGGAUGCCACUGCAACCCAUCCAGCGGCCUUCUUUGGUACAGCACCAGAUGCAGGGCAAUUAAUGGCCAUGCUCUUAAAGCUUGUGAAUGCUAAAAAGACAAUUGAAGUUGGAGUUUUUACUGGCUACUCUCUUCUUCUCACUGCUCUAACCAUUCCUGAUGAUGGCCAGAUUGUGGCUAUUGAUAUAAACCGCGAGGCAUAUGAGAUUGGGUUGCCAAUUAUCCAAAAAGCUGGUGUUGAACACAAAAUUGACUUCAUCCAGUCUCCAGCUCUACCGGUUCUUGAUAAACUCUUAGAGGAUAAAGACAAUGAAGGGGCUUUUGACUUUGCUUUUGUUGAUGCUGACAAAGGAAACUAUUUAAACUACCAUGAGAGGUUGAUGAAACUGGUGAAGGUUGGGGGUUUGCUUGUCUAUGAUAACACCCUUUGGGGAGGAACUGUUGCUAAGCCUGAAGAGUCUGUUCCGGUUUACAAGAGACAGUGGAGGAAGGCUACGAUUGAAUUCAGCAAAUCAAUCACAGCCGAUCAUCGCGUUGAGAUAUCACAUGUUCCAUCUGGAGAUGGGGUCAUUAUCUGCAGGCGCAUCUGCUGAAGUUUCACUGGUGGCAUUGUGGUGGUGGUGUUGACGGAGGUGUUUUUGUUGUUGUUGGGGGUGGUGGUGGUAGUAGUCGUGAUGGUUAUUAGUAUAGACAAGUACUCUUUACAUUUCACAAUGGUUAUCACAAUUUUAUGAAGUUUCCACAAAGUAUGCCUGUGUUUUGCUUCUUUUUUUUUUUUUAAUGUGAAGAAUUGGGUACCCCUUUCACGCCUCAUUGAGUAUUUUGGGAUUAAUGGAGAUUUGGGCACUCCAACUUUGUAUCAAAUCAUUUUCCAUAAUGGGUCAUUGAUCUUUGUUAUA